AUGGGACCCCUUGAGGCCAAACCCAGAGGGGUUGGACGAGCAGGCGGGGCUCCUUGCGUCUCUGCAGUCCCCGUCGGGCGUGCCCUGCGUGGCGCACCAACCCAAGCCACAUUCAAGGUGAAUCAUCCCUGGCCCGCCUCCUGUCCCUCCCCCGCCUCUCGGCACCUGAGCCAAUGGCACGGCGCGGGGGGCGGGCGGGGCACAGGGGGCGGUAAAACCCUCUUGGAGUCAUUAUCUCUGCACUCGGUCGAGUCCCAGCGCCUCCGCGCCGAAAGACCGCCGGCCUCCCUCCGUCUGCGCGGUCGGAGGCAGGCCGGUGCACCCUGUUCUACGGCCUCUAGGGCCCUAGUACCAGGGUGCAUUCUGCCUGCCGCGCGAAGGCGUCUGCUCCUCAGGUGGCCCGGCCGGGGCCUUUCCCUGCAGACCUGUCACCCGACACCCAGGAAGCGCGCGGCCCCAUCCCGGCUCCUCUUUGUUCCCCUUCUGGGCUCCGCGCUGGGGCGCCGCCUCCUCCUGCCCGGGCAGUGGAGAUUAGGGGCGCCGCCCUGGCCCAACCUGGCGCGCCUCAAGUUCCAUCCAUCCGGCCCGCUCCAAACGUGGGCCCUUUUUUUUCUUGUUCUUCCCGUGUGGACCCCGCGCGGAGCUGGGAGGCGGCAGUGCGCCCAGCCCCGAGCCGGCGCAGGUGCUGCUGAGCUGGUCCUGCAGUGGGAGGUAGGCACUACUGGAUACAGGUUCUCAAGGCUCUUCUCCAGGUGUCGGCCCAGGCAUGAGCUGAAACUUCAAGGGAUGGAAGCCUCCCCCUGCACUGGCCCUGCUGGGGUUUCCUAGUCACCACUUUACCAUCUUCUGUUGACUCCUUGCUGGACCCUUAAGGACGUUUUGGGUGAAUUCCAUAAUUCUGUGAACAUAUCCCACCAUUAAGUCAUCUACAUGGAAGCUUCAGUCUCUGA